CGCGAAGAGUUGCAUAUGUGUUUGUGAACAAGAACUGUGUUGAUUGUCGAGAUUUAGUUCCUAAUGCUGCACUAGAUGUAGUGAUUGCCUAACGCCAAGGGACCUCGUCCAACGUCGUUACUUUUCACGACCACGGGUACUAAGGAUAUCCUCCUUAUAUUUUUGCAACGUAUAAUUUGAAGAGCUGUAUUGUUUUUAAUUUUCUGUAUUCCCCCCCGAAAAUCAAAAUUUUCAAAAAAAAAAGCAACCCCAUACAUACACAUGUAAACGACGCACGACAAAGGCUCCCCGUCGAAGUCGUUGUCGAAUUGAAAAGUUUUGUCCCUAUUUUUUACGACGAAAUUCAUCACAUGAGAUAAAGAUGAAAUUGAAGCAGAAGAAAAUCAUCAAAACCCCCCGGGAGCAACGAGCGCAAGCCACGAGGAGGCGAACAGCUGCGAAGGCUCGACGCGUGGAAAAAACGCAAGAAGAAGAAAAAGACGAAGCAGAGGAAAAAGUCGCCACCUGUGAUGGGCGAGCGAAAACGGACAUAAAGGAGCAUGGCUCCACCGCAAGCCUGAAUCUGUACAAGUACUACGCAAGUGCGAGAACAGAAACGCUGAAGCACGUCCACAAUACACAAUUACCACCAGCUCCUCCUCGGGGGAUGGCCGCCCUGAUCAAGAGCACGCGGCACCAGAAGCUCUACUUUGCGACGCAGCUGGCCUUCCUUUUCCUGCCACUGGCCGUGCUCGGGAGCGCCCCCGCCCUCUUGCUCUUCGACCAGACCGAGCCCGCGCCUGCACCGGUAAGCUUUUAAGAGGGCAUCGGACAUCACUGUAGUGUGGCCCAACGAGAGUGAGAGACAAUUGAGGUUGCUCAUUUUGGUCAUCAUGCUGCCCGCUAAGGUUUAUCAAAGUAAACAAAGAACAUGAGCAGGAAGCAUGACCAAACAAUCCAUGCCGUAGGCAGUAACUGUAGCUAGGCUUCUUCCUUCUUUCUUAUCAACAAAUUAUGCUCUGUGCUGCUAGCGCACCCCGAAGAUCAUCGCAAGCAGUUGACUUCAAAUGAAAAUUUUCUGUGUGUGACGUAGCUAAUCCAGCCAGAAAGAAUAAAUUAAGUAGCUCUACUUCUUAUCUUUGCGAUGCAUAACAGGCGCCAGCAGCUAUCAGAUGCAAAAAAACCAAUACGCAGGCGUGCCGUUCUAGUUGCAAUACUUCAAUCAAUUUUCUGUGCGCGUUUGUCACUUUAGACAAAAAAUAGGACGACGAAAGUGCUGCAGCGACACAGUUCAACAUGGAGCCCAGCAUCGUGCCAGUUUUUGCUUCUUCCCGCAAAGAGGAUGCUUUCGCACGUGCUGCCGAGACGAGCUCGCGUUUCGUUUGCAUGGUCAAAGAAUAUACUCGUGCGUAUCUCCACAUGUGCGAUUGGUUUUUUUCGUCUCAUAUCACAUUGCAACUCCGAUGGUGGCGGGCCGGAAGGAUGUACUAAGGCUGCGGCUGGUGCAAAGAUUAAGAUUAUCCCAGAAACAGACCAGAACUACAUCGACUUCUGAGAAGAUAAAUACCAUAUCGAACAACUACAAAGUACUUCUGACAGUACUAAAGCAAAGAUACAGAAAUCGGCACCGGUGGCAAUAAAAAAGAAAUUUAUGCAAUACAACAAGACUUUGAGUUAGACUAGAACUAGACUAGAACCAGAUCUAGACCUCGUCGGAAAAGCUGCAAUACUAGCACAUCAAGGAGUUCGAUAUUACUUGGUCUUCGUGAAGAGAAAGAGUAUGGUAUUAAUUCUACUCUAGCGAUGUUGAACUACUUUUCCUUGUGACACAACGCAGCGAGGACAAGGAUGAAGCUGUGGAGCAGCUGCCAUAUCACAAAAAAGCAUGGGGGGAGGGUGAUUGAAUUUCUUGAAAAAACUCGUUCUCGCAGCUCUACAGAGAACGAAGCAGUAAGUAUGAUUCUGUUUUUUUCUGUGGCGUCGUGCAACAGCGCAAUGUCCGUUCUCUUUUCGAAAAGACGAGAGCGAAGGUCUAUCAAGUACACGGUUGAUGAUGAGCAGGCCAGUGCUGAAAUUGAAGAUAUCCCUUGAUGAUUUUUGCCUCCUUCUCGUAGAGCUUGUUUUGGCGAGGUAUUCACCGAUGGGUUAUUUGAAACGUAUUUCCGACAGACUGCAAUUUUUUUUCGGCGAAAAAAAAAAAUCGCUAGGCUGAAGAGCCCUGAUUGCCUUGGCGCUGGCAAUCGGCGUUGUGGCGUUUAAGAGCCGUCGUCGCCUGAGCUUUAAAGCCACUAGCUGUUGACGGACAUUGGCCCCCAUCGCACUGCUCAAUGUUUUUCCGGGUUGGCCUGUUGCGCCCGGCCGGGUCGGGCGGGUCAGGACCUGCUUGGCUUGCCGCGCAAUAUCGCGCGCAGAGCGCAGCGUUUCCAGGCGUCUUCGUGGCCCCCGUCCUGUGACAGUGCGGCCGCAUUGAAUUCGGCCUGGCGCACCAGUCACACCGGCGCCAGACGGUCCCGGCCAAGAAGACGCCGCGGCGCGGUGAAGCGCUCUGCGAAAACUUUUUUGCUAUAAAACGGCGGCACGGCAGAUGUGGCCGCCUCCUUGCGCGGCCCCCCCCCUGGCUUCGCGAUGGCUUUGGUGGUUGGCCGGCUUCGGGCCUCUCCCAAGCAAAGGCUGGGGUCUCGCAUUGGCAGCGCUGCUUGAGGAGCAACACGCCACCCGCGGGCCAUAAAAGAAGAGCAGGCUUCGGCGGCUGGGCAUGUUUGUGGGCCACCGCCGUGCCCCGCCGCCUGGGCCCGGUUGCGGCGUUCCUUUUCCGGGCUCUCCGCGCGGAAGGGGGGGCAGACAGUUGCCUAAGAAAAAUGCCCCGCGGGCGGCGGGGCGGGCGUGCAGGGAGACGUGCCGGCGGCGGGCCGCGUUGCCUCUUCGCCGGGCGCGUGUGCAUGUUUCUGAACUUCCCCCGCACCGGCCGGGCUUCUUGCAAAAGGGCCCCCGUUUGUAAUGCGCAAACCGGCCGAACAAAGCCGGCGCGCAGCGGAUGGCCCAGCGCUUCCUGUACCAUGCCGCUGCCCCGACGCUCCGCUGGAGCAUCCUGGCAAGAAGCCUCGAACGACACGGAGCAGGGGCACGCGCAGCCGGGCAGCGGCCACACAGGUCCCUUGAUGAUUUUUGCCUCCUUCUCGUAGAGCUUGUUUUCGGAGUUCUUUUACAAGACCACACUGUCACCGCCGGGCGAAAAAAAUGAAAAUCUGACGUGGAAAUAAAUGAUGAAGAUGCAUGCGAUAGACAGACUCGCACUUCUAUUAAAGAGCGACCACAAAAACUAGAAGCUGCUUGCGGCGGGCGCCCCCACAUCACUUCAAAGAAAUCAAAUCACUCUGCUCUUUCUCCCGUCGAUACGCGAACAACCCCUGCUCCAGCGAAGCUGGAGCAGGGGAGGAGGUGGGCCGGGUUGGGUUGGGGAGCGAGGAGGUGGGAGGACGGCGGUUGGGGAGGAGGCGAACACGCCUCUGGCACUCCGGGCCGGGUUGGGGAGGAGGUGGGAGGACGGCGGGCCAAGCCGCUCCGAGAACGCGUUCUCGAGCCGAUUUGGUCGGGGGGCGCAGGCGUUCUCGAGCCGAUUUGGUCGCUCGCGGAUGGGCCAGAGGUCGGAGCGGCCGAAGUCGGCCCGGAGUGGCGGUUUGGUCGGGAAGCGAUGGGGCCCGGCACGCCGGGCCGGGUUGGGGACGAGGCGGGAGGGCGGCGGGCCAGGUCGGAUGGGCGGCUGGCUCUGGCACUUCGGGCCGGGUUGGAGAGGGCGACCAAAUCGGCGUGAGGUCGCGUUCUCGAGCCGGUUUGGUGGGGUUGCUGACCAAAUCGUCUCGAGAUCGCGGUCUCGCGCCGAUUUGGUCGCCCGCGGGUGGACGCCCCAGGACGGGUUGGGGAGGGCGACCAAAUCGGCGCGAGACCGCGACUUGGUGAGGCUGCUGACCAAAUCGUCUCGAGAUCGCGGUCUCGAGCCGAUUUGGUCCACCUUUGGUGAGGCUGCUGACCAAAUCGGCCCGAGCCCGCGUUCCCGGGCCUUUUUUUAGUGCGAUAUCGUUGCCCUCGUUCAGUUUGAGAAAUCGCCGGAAGUCACACUGAGUUCGGUUUUGCUAACAUCAAAUACAAGCACCAUACCAACAACUUACGCGCCCAAGGAAUUAACAGCUGCUCAAGCUGUAACCAAAGAAAUCAAAUCGCUCUGCUCUUUCGCCCGUCGAUACGCGAACAACCCCUGCUCCAGCGAAGUGUGGCCGACCUCUCCCGGUUGGGUGGGCUUCCUCGGUGGGGUGUUCUUUGGUUCAGGAAAUGGCUAACGCAACUCCCCCGGGUGGCCCGGCCCACAAGCGAGCCGGCGGGCGGGGGCCCCGUGGCCCCUCUGGUAUGUUGCCCUCCAGCACGAGCCUGCGUGCCUGGGUGGUUUGCCUUCUCUUGUAAGAUGUAGGGCGAUGUCCUGUGGGUGGUUUGCCUGGGUGAAAAGGCGGUCGCUCGGACUUCGCCGAUUACCCGCGGCACAAGAGGAGGCGUCGGCGCCCAAAACCUCGCAGGCGCCCCUGUUCUGUCGUUUGGAGUAUCUUCGUUGCGUUUUUUCGUUCUGAGUCGCAUUACCAAAUCGUUUUCAAUACCCUCAAAUCCUGAAAAGUCAAAUGAAAAGUUUUGGAAAAGUUCGAAUCGCCCGCCAAUUGGUGCUGUACUUUUGCAAGAAAUCAAAUCACUCUGCUCUUUCUCCCGUCGAUACGCGAACAACCCCUGCUCCAGCGAAGCGAAACCUCCGUGGCCGCGCCGGAAAGCCACGCAGUACCAGCAACGAAGAAAAGGCCCCGAACGCAGCGUGGGCGUUUCUCCAGAAAUACGCAGGACAAUCAUGUCAGUCUGGGUCGGGUCCUGUUGGAUGUUGAAGGUUGUCAAGAUAGUAAUAUUUUGUGAAUCUACUUCGUCUGAACUCUGAAGAAAAUACCAUCGAUCCAGCUGAUGAAGUGAAGAAGAAGAUAAACAAACGCUCCGACCAAGACAUGUUCUUGAGUUGUUGUAGUAGAUACUCAUGCUCAUCUCUCUACUACUUGCAUAAAUUGGUAGGUGCUGCGCAUCACAAGCCGCGUUCUCGCGUGACCACAUAAAUCAUCAAGCACGUCUAGCGACGUCCCGCACCAAGGUGGGGCGUCAGCACAGUUUUCAGUGGUAUGAUCGUCUUGAGCCAAACUACGUGUCUCUCAGUUGCAACCAUGUCCCACAGGAGCACCCAGGAGACAUACAUUUUUGUCCGUGAUAAGAGAGUCGCGCACGCUUUUGGGAGCGUGUUUCCGUUUCGGGACGCCACCAACAAUUUUUUCGUGGAGGAGACGGACCUGCGUCGCACGAAGGAGGAAGUGUCGAAGCAGCUUAUGCAUGGCAAAUAUGUCUCGGUCUGAAAGAAUGCACUUUUUCCACCUGCAAGAACAAAUAGCUGCAGCUAUGGUUUAUGGAUAAUUUUUGUACGAGUUACAAUGCAAUGCUCCAGACCCACACGACCUAUUUGCAAUGCAUACGGCUUGAAGGCGAGAAAACGAAAUCUUCGGAAGAACCCCCGCAAAAAUUGCUGCCGAUGAGCGGGGCUAUCAGUAAACGAGCGCCCCCCGGCGUGGUAGAGAUAUCCUGAAUAAAAAAGUCCGGAUCAUCUUCCCCGACUUGUCAUGCGAAUUUACAUGCUCACGCGACUCAGCCAGGAUGUUUGUCACGCGCCUCUCACUGUCAAGCAUGCACCUCUUCGACAUGAGAGCUAAUUCAUCUUGUUACUGUUCCUGUUUGAAAAUCUGUCAAGUGUUGACCAGGAGCAAAAGAGAAUGGGUCUGUAAAAAAAAAUGCAAUCGGACGAGCCAGGCACGUCUGCAUUGCACCGCCAGGCGUGUCAUGCAUGAGAUUCAGAAGUUCCUCUGGGUGCGUCUUGCGGAUGAGUGCGUUUUUUUUACUCAGGAUAGAACAACUACAACGAAAAGCUUCAGUUUCUCGAAAAAGAGCCUCUCGCCAACAAUCUUCGGGAGUUAUCGAACUACACACCUCGUCCCCCUGCCCUGAUUUGUCGCGCAAGGUACCAAAUCCACUCUUUGUCUUUUAGCACUGCUCGCAUGAAGUUGAAGUGGUGCAGGCGGGCAUGCAUGAGAAAUUCCAACUAGUGCUGCCCUAAACGGUACUACAACAUUCUACCAAGUGUGGACUUUCCAUAUGGAACUAGCAGUGUUGCUGUGAAUGCCAUGCAUGUGAGCGGGGAGAUGAACUUGUGCACUCUCAUAUUUUUUUCUCGACGUGCAGAAAAACGAAACACUGGGAUUUCUGGACGAGAGCAACGACCCACGGCUGCCGUAUGUGACCCCUCCUGCUACGCUGUACGUGACAACUCCUCCUCCCUUCGCGAUGCUGCAGCAAAUGCAAAGAACGACGACUGGCUUGGCACUCCGAGCGGACCAAGAUAUGUGGGCGCUGCAUGGGAAUGCUUCAAAAUGAGAGAGCUCUGGCAGCACACGGGGGCGCAAGCCUUGUGCUGGCAGUUCAGUUGUAAAACGAAAACUAUCUUGGAGGGUUGGCAUGCUUGUGAAUCGGAACCUGUCCCUCGAUGCCAUCAACUGAGGAAACAGGAUGUAAGUGUAUAUUUCAAGGGAUAACCCGCUGCAAUUUACACAUAUAUCAUGUUGCUCUUAGUAUAUUGGGUACAGCGUGACUCUCUCAUUUUGAUCAUUCUCAAUUGACGCCCUCAUAGAUGGUACGAUACUUCGAUUGAUGAAAUAAAUUUUUCUGCGUCAUAAGCAUGAACUGUUACUCUGGUGUGCUGUCUGCCGCCUGAAUGUUUUUGUUUGCGUCGAUACGCGGAUUUGAUUCCUAUUCCAAAUCUCCUCUUUCUGUGCGUGCCCAUCUUCUCGGUUUACAAGUAUCUAUUUCCAUUCCGGUCAAGAAGGACAAUAUACGUGGGGAAGUCUCAAUUUGUUCCGACGGCCCCGUGAAGAUUUUCCCCAGCCUUGCAUCCAUCGCAACUAUGUUUCUGUUUCUUUGUAUAUUAAAAUUUUCCGAUUUUUCAAGCGCAUGGCUUUUGGUGAUCCGUCCCUCAGCCUUGUUUGCGUGCCUUCCCCGCCCGCCUGCCUUCCCCGCCCGCCUGCCUUCCCCGACCGCCUGCCUUCCCCGCCCGCCUACCGGACCGCACCGCUCGUUGCCGCGGCCGCGCAAAAAGGAGCUGCAGAACGAGACCAGGAAAAAUAACGAGCGGACCCUCUUGCUGCGAGUUUAGUCGAGAACCUGCAGCACGCAAAGGUGAAGCUCCACCUCCUGUGACAGACUCCUGCUCACGCGAAUCAGGGGCAUGUAGCAUGAGCAUGAUCGAAUGUCGAGUUCCGUCUUCAUGUUGUGCGUUCCCGUUUAUCUUUGUCGCUCCUUGGCAUUUAUCAGAGUCAACAAAGAUAGGAAACGCCGGAAAUCCCGCACUUUCCAUCUCCUGGUCCUGCCGAAAAUUACUAAUUACCUACUAAGAACGAUCCGCUUAACGAAUUAAGGAUGAGUCGUGGUUCUUUUCGUUUUUUGUUCUUUGACCCUCGGUUUGAUGUUUUUUGUCUCUCUUUUUCCGCCCUGAUGCCUGGUCACAUGAGGAGGUGCAUCGUAGCUUUCAUCUUGUUAAACCAACUAUGGAAAAUUGCUUGAUGUAGAACAAUGUGCAGAGUAUCGCCCUCGAAAACAGAGGACACACAUAGCGCCCAACCUAUUAUAUGGCAUGCAUGACCCUUUCUUCAGUUUUGAACAUGUAUGGCUCACAGGAUCGACGGGCGCAGGAGCUCCGCCACCUCCUUGGCGAGAUUUUUCUACAAGUACAGCACAGGAAUGGACAUGGAGGGCUCGAACCGGCGUUCGACAGGCUUGCACGGAGACUAAUAGCGAAGUCGUUCAACAAGGAGCUUUUCCGGUGUCAGCAGCACAACUGAACAACUUGGAAACUCCAACGGAAUGUAAAAACCCGAACAAGCAAACUGUGAUUCACGAAUCGAUACCCAUCUGUCUCGAGUACUACUUCGGAGACGCGGGUCUACGAAUGAAAAAAAGGGACAAUGUUGGGCUUUGCUACUACACAACUCAGCAAUAUCAGAGGUUCGGACAUAAAGCAUGGCAGACAAAAGGAAAAGUGGGCCAGCAUCAGCCCAGCGACGCCACAGGGGAAACAGGAGUAAUCGCGGUUGGAGACGCGGAGCAAGAAAGGAUGCGACAAAUUGCCAAUCGAGCCCUUUAUACUAGAUCGAGUAUCGCGUCGGGCUGGUUCUACGAAGAUGUCGAGCCAUUCGAGUUCUGCGUCGCCGCAUAUGCAUGUCGCCCCAAAGACCUAGUUCUAGGCGACAUAACCUUUGUCGAAUACAGCACAGGAAGAAAACAUGCAACAAACGCGUGCGCGCCGAUUAUCUGGUGGGGAAAGACUUCACCAGCGGAGCCUUACAUUAUGGGAGAUUUAUCAGACUUCACGCGGUGGAAACAGGCAAAUGACCCUAGGUCGAAAAAAGAAAUCCCAAAUGGCGCCGGCCAGACAGCAACAAUAACCAUGAAGACAUUCGAACAAUCAGCAAGCUGUGGUUGGGAAAAAGCGGAGAACAAGGCGCCCAGCGGAUCUUACAGCGGGCCAGUUGAACCCCGGUUAGCAUUAUCUUGAAUAACAACUUUUCCUUCCCAGCCUCCAUCAUGUGAUGUUUCAUUGCGCGCGCACGCCUCUUAGUUUUAUUGCGGCGUGGUCCAAACGAAAACGAUUACUCCAGUCGUGUUUUCAACGAGAAACUACGCAGUGCACAUAACAAAAAAUGAAUAAUCAUGAGCAAAUUUUUCAUGUGGAAUAAAAGAUAAACAUCGGUGUCCGUGGUCUUCGACGAAGGACACUAUUUUUUGUUUGCAAGGUGUGCGCCGGAUUAAAAAAUAAGAAUAUGAGUCUGCCAUGAACCGAUGGCGAAAGCGACACACUGCAUGUCCAUGGUGCGCUAGGGCUUGCUGCAAAGGUUGUUUUCUUUCGCAUGCGCAUGGGCGUUGUUUUGGAGUCCGAGAAAUCAAGAAAACCUGCUGUCGACGUACCAGCUUGGGAUGUAUCCAGUCUUCAGCCACGGCAUAGUCGGAAGAGAAAUAUGCAUCAGGCAAGCAACUAAGAGUUAGAGUAUGAAGAGAAGGACUGCAACUAUGGGUUGGACUAGGAGCACAUUAAAAGGCUCCAGCAUCAUGAAACAUCUGCGCAGGGAAGAAACCUACUAUCUUCGCGAUUAUUUGUCGCGAGUUUUUAGUUUUACAUAGUAUGUACUAUGCCGCGGCGGAAGCAAGCAGUCGCCCGGCGCCGGGCCCGAUAGGUUUCUAUUUUCCACGACCGUGGCGGGACUACCUUGCAUAGCAUGACUCUCGGAAAUCUGCAUAACCCGACGUGGCAGGGCACGACCUAUUGCCCGAACGCUGUGUCCUUGCUUGCGCCGGAUUUCGAUGACCCCUUUGCUGAGGUGCAAAUGCGGACGAUGGCGUAUCGGGCUGGGAAGGUUUUUUAUGCAAUGGCUACCCGCGUUGAUGAGAAUGGAAAUUUGCGAUCGUCUCCGCCGGAUAUCAGCAACCACGAUGAAAGCUCCGUCACAAAAAAUUGCAAAGCGAGACCGGGUCUAACAUACCAGUGGGCCCUGGUCAUGCCCAUCGGCGGACAAACACAAGUCAGCAAAGGCGAUCUGAGAGUAAAGAACAAUUUGGCGGGCACGUUUGUGAUCCAGGAACUGCUUCGGCAUGAUUUUGAAUACACAGGCACGCACAGUGUUGCAAUGGCUGAGCUAUUCCCGAAGAACUUUGUCGCGUAUUUGCCGUUCACCAGUCCCGGAGAGGCAGAAGAUCACAGUCAGCAGCCAGAUGGAAAGAAACAACCACACUACGUUCGGCUGCCGCCCAGAUCCCGAGCGCAUGAGUUUUGGGAAGCUUUCAACGAACGAACUGAAACCUAUUUGGAGUAUCAUGCAUUCCAGAGGAAAGAUUCGGGCCUCGUCGUGUAUGUGUGGGGCGGACCGGUAGGGAGACAGCACUGGGACCGGGUAUUAAGCAAGUACGACGGUGAUGGUGCAAGUUUUCAGGUCCUGAGAGAAGCAGUUGGCGAAGGCGGACGUGUGCAUCUGGCUGGACGGGCCAUAGAAAACAUCGAGCAACACAGAAGCCUCGACCUUUUGUCGACCAAUGCGCAAGAAGCUACUCUUGAAAUGAUGUUGGCGCAGCAGGGGCUGCAGAAGGUACUAAAAUACCAGGGGCAGACUGUUGAGCAGACCCGUCUCCAACUCAGCGGUGUGACUUUGACGAUGGUACCCAACCAAGCGACCCGCAGCUUUAUUACGCAGCAGCACCAACAAAAUUGCUACGAGGAGCGCGGUGAUUCUCAUCAAACAGAUACAAAGGAGAAUGUGCGACAAGGUGUUUUCGCCACAUGCGGAAGGAUGUUGGGGGUGGCGCGCAAGAUCUUUAUCGCACCGACCGGCAAUCCGCAACAGAAAAUCGCCACACUUUUCCACACCACUCGCGAGAACGUCGAACAGUCGUACAAGAGUAUUAUUGACAUUAUGCAGUUUGGAAAUCGUGGCGACGGUGAGGUGGAGUUUGUAAGCCCAUUGAGCGGCAAAAACGCCAAAAACAUCCCGGGCAGCGACGCGGAUGUGAAAAAAGUAUUGGAAGGAAUGCGCAAAACGUUAGACUGGCAGAUGCUUGGCUGGCUCGGUUUGAGGCUGUCACAAGCAGAUAGCCUCGACCUGCGAGAGGAGGUAGUUGAGUACAAAUUUACGGGCACUGCAAAUAGUUUUGACGCGCUCCAUUACGAGCGCAAUAUUGAAAAAGCCCACGAAAAAAGCCCGCAGACGAACAGGAUCAAUCGCAACAAAUAUUUGGAGAAGCAGAAACAGGCGGAGGUCACGCGUGGUGUCGUCCCCUUCGAUGCUCGGUGGUUCACGACGAGGGACACCAUAUCAAAUGAAACCGCCCGGACUUGUCAUUGUCUUUCCCAUUCUUAUCUCCCGUGCGCGCACUCCCAACGAGGAUGAGCUCACACUGAGUAUAUGCUAGAGCUCACUCUCACAGGCGAAUGCAUGAAUGGCGCACAAGGUAGGUCGGCGCUUGAAACUAUUUCUGAAACCACGAGCAGCCCCCUCAUUUCGCGCAAUGGCUUGAUGUUGACUACGAACAUGAAGCGCGAACGCCCACUCGUAUUGCUUUGGAUGUUGAGGUCUUGGCCUCUCGCGGCCACGGGUCGAGUUCUCGAUCGAGCGUAAUCGUGGGCUCUGUGGGUGGCUUUUCGCUUUUUUCUUACUGUCACGACUCCCUGUAUCCUCGCUUAUCGGUUUUGUGGCGACGUCCCUAACGAGUCCACUCUUGAAAAGUUCAACUUUUUUAAGCCUCCCUACAUCCUCGUCGCCAUGAGUGAAGUUGCAGUUGUUGGCGCCGCUGCCGGCCCGCCGUUGCUUUUCCAUUUAUUUUUUUCAGUUGCUACUACGUGUCUGAUAGCGUUCUGAAUUCUGUAAAAAUAGAGCCUGCUAGAAGAUAGUCACUUCUUCAGCUACUUAUUUUGCUGUCGAUAGACAGUACUGGGCCCACUGUGAAUGUCUGUGUGUUGUAUUGUACGCAGAUACCCGAGAGCCCUCGACCCCCAUGCAAGAAGCCGAUUUUUUUCUUUCCCGGCCUCUCCUCGGUUUCGGUCUUUCAGACUUACGGCUCGUGGGCUUUUGGUAAGAAACCCCGUAAUAUCUUCGAACAAAUAAGCAGUCAGCGGAAAAAAAUAGGAGCGUGGGCCGGCAGCAGGCGUGGCGCCACGUGAUGUAAUAUUUUGACAUCACGGAGCGCCGCUGCGCGACAACUGCAUGCAGCAAUCGCUGAACUACGUAGUAAUAAUAAUGAAAUGCGAGAAGGAGAAAGAGAAGACAAAAAACUUCAAGUGAAUAGUUUGCCCGGCGCCUCAAGCAGCUGACACGGUUCAUGUCGAAGGAACAGAACCACGAAGAAGAGCUCUCUAUUGACCCUGAUGAUGACGUUGUCGCUGUCGAGAUGACGCCGGAUCAACACAAUGCGAAGACCAAAGAAGAAGAACAGUCCAUCAAAGAGAAUGCACUUAAGCUGAUUCAGAAGUGCCCCGGUGGGUUUACCACGGACAAGCCAAGCCCAGACGCACAUUCCCUUGAAGACCUGACACCGGAUCAGAAGAAGAAUGUGCGGUGGGCCAUACAUCAAACACGGACGCUGAAGAACUUCCUGCUAGAAGGAAAUCGUGAGGCGCCAGUGUAUUGCUUGCCGACACCGCCGCAGGGUGCUGCCCCGCUUCGGCAGUUCCUUGUUCUAGCGCACGACACUGGGAUGCAGAAGGAGUUCGAUUACACUUUUCUGCAGUCGCGCCCACGCGACGGGGCAGACCCACCGAAGGUUGCAAAUUUUCAAAGGUUAUCCGAAUUGGGAAUGCUUUUCGCUUUACUCCGAGCACCUCUCGGCGAUAGAUAGGACUCGUAGGCAUGCUUACCCGUUGGAUUGCUGUCAUAGCAGACGUCUAAAAUCUCAGAAAAAAGAAAGCAACCACCAUGAAAGUUUUCAUGUAGGAAUGAGCAGGCCUCGCCCCGGCAAUUGCAUUCGGACCAAUGCAAAUCGCAGUCGCACCUUCACUUUUUUUUUUUUCAGUGUGCACGGCGGUAAGAUUCAGAUUCAGAUUCAUGGAGCGGCAAGAUUCAUGUGCGUGGCGGUAAGAUUCAGAUUCAUGGAGCGGUAAGAUUCAGAUUCAGAUUUCAGUGUGCAUGGCGGUAAGACUGACUAAUAUCAAGAAUCGAAAAGGAAUAGCGCGAAAGCCCGUACAAAUUGCGCAGGCUUUAUUCCUAUAUGCAGUUUGCUUAUUCAGGCGCGCGGAAUGAAGAAACCGACAGACCAGCACAGCAAGAAUUGACAGCAUAGAAUAGUCGCGCAGCGACCUUCGCGGCGCUCAGAAGCUAAAGCAGUUUGUUACCUGCUCGGUAGCGCCACUGCCUGAGCGGCUGGGGCCGAGCCGCAUGUGGCGUUAGCUUGCGGACGUCGGCGGGCAGGAUUUCUCUUCUUGUUUUAUUGUUAGACUCGCUUGUUAAGUAAGCAAAGCAAUUCCCUUCCAUAUCGGACCGUCAACCCGCUGGAGCGUCCCCCCUCGCAGAUGGGAUAUGGUCUGUGAAGUGUGGCAGCUUUUGGUCGUUGCGCCGGGUCUUUUCGUACUUCGUGGCACAAAUCACGGAAAGGCCUCCAUGUAUGUAUCUCAUCGCGUCGCUUCCGUUUGGUAAAGCAAAGUCCUGUGACUUUCUCUUGUAUUUUGGCGCCGCGCUUGCAGGGACUGGGCGGCACCUGCACUCGCAUGAGAAUACUAGGCACCUAAGUUAUAGAUAGAAGAACGAAUAGCGCAGCGAAUUGUAAGAAUGAGCUAUAACUGACCCCGAGGCCUUUCCAAUACUAGAAAAGAAACCAAGGUAAGCAGUGGGUGCUUAGAUCUCAAACUGCCACACAGCGGACGCUAUAAGACGCUCCACGACGAAGACGACGACGAAGAAGACGACGACGAAGACGCCCUCGCGGAGUCUGGAGGGGUGCGCCCUGGCGCUGGGUCAGGUGCGCCAUCAACCAAAACCACAAAAACCAAGAAGAAAAAAAAAGACGAGAACAGUGCCUGCUGUAGUUGAUAACGGCUGCGAGGCUUCUAUCGAUCAUUUACAGUUUAUUCGCUCCUGUCAUUACCUAGAGGCCAUAUUAAUUAAGACGCUUCUCCUGCUUUUCAGGAGUAGAGGGAUGACCGCUAUCGCAUAUUAUAUUCUUCACUCAUUGUCAUUUCAAGUCAGCUACCGGCGGUGUGGUCCCAAAGAGUAUCUCGCACCACCUGAAUCGCAAGCAGCUGAAGUAGACGAAUCUUCGUCAAUUUUGAGAUAAGUUUAAGUAACAAGUUGCAUAGUCAUUUUUUUCAGUCGGAGAGAAGACUAAGAAAAGCAAGAGCGGGCGUGACUAGGAUUUGCACCAUUUGCACGAAGUGUAAGUAGAGCGAGAGACCAGCCCGUGCUCUGCUUUCUUAUUCUCUCUCUUCUUUGACCGGCUGGCGUUUUCCGAUGCAUUUCCAUGAUUUUUGUGUUUAUGUCGAGUUUAUUUGUCCUACAGUCACGAAGGAGCUCAACACUCGCAGAUAUAAUUGCAGAUCGAAAUCAGAAAGAGCUUAAUGUGUUGCCACAACAAGUUCCGCGACUAUUGAAAAGCCCACGCAUGGUUUUGAUUUGAACUAUUUGCUUUUCUUGACUUCGAAGUAAGAGUAACGCUCAGGACUCCAACGAAUUU